CAAUGAUGCCACUACUACGAGUGGACUCCGCAAAGAUGACUGGGACUGGACAGAUGGUGGUGACAGAGAGAAAAGCAACGUGUCUAAACCAGUAGACUUUAGUUGACAAACGGUUUGUUUUCAUGUAGUUAGAGAGACGAGGCUCUUCAGAACAGCAGAGAGCAUGGGACAUAUGUGCGGCGUGUGAUUUGCAGCAAUUGUAGUCAGUUAGGCUACCUGUUACUUACAGUUCAGGAUAACUACACUCUACGUAGGUAUCUCUAAAGUGUAGGCUAUCAUAACGGUGCAACCGCACAACAGGGAAGAAGUGUGCACGGAGGAAGGCGCAAAGAAAGACACGAAGGGUCUUGGGACAAUGUAAAUGUGCCUUUUGGAGAGCAAAUUGCAAAGAGACAUCAAAUUGUUUUAACAUUUAGCACUAGAUCUGAAAGCGGAGUUUCCGACAUCAUUGGAUUAACUGAAACUGUUGCAUAUUUUAAUUGUUAUUGAUAUUGAUUAUAUUUUGGCUCCAGUCCAAACGUGAUUGUUGUGAAAACCUAUCCAGGACGCCGAGGGGUUUCGAAAUAUCUAAGGGGAACAACCCCGUUGUUUUUCACACUAACCAUAGUAUCUCAACACCAGCAAACACCGAGUAUACAACAGCAGUUGUCCCAACCUGGAAAAGACAUGCAGAUGAUGCGCAGUAACGUUCAGCUGCUGUGGGUACUGGUCUUGACAAUGAACCUGGUGUCAGUCAAGAGCUUUCCCACCUUCAGUCAGAAGAGCCUGGUCCACAAGGGCAGAAGCACUGCGACCACCGAGGCGAUAUUUUCGGCCAAACUGGGUGCUGAUGAAGGGGAGAACCUGGAGGACAUUCAGCAGCAGAACCAUCUCCAAAGCCUAGCGGCCUCCACCCCAUCCUCCCAGAGACUUCGUCACCGUGGCUGGUUCCAGGGGGUUCUGCCAAAACCAGAACCUGACGAGGACCCUGAACCCUUUAUCCUGGACCUCAGGAACUUCCCGGAGCUGGCCAAUGCAGACCUGGGCUCUCACAACCCUAAUAUUCAGGUGACCAUCGAGGUGAUUAAGGACCCCCAGACGGAGAUGGAGAUGGACCUGGCCAAGGAGGGCGGGGAAGGUGGCCGCAAUGACUGGUCUCUGUCCUCUGAGGAGUGGCUGGGCAACAAGAAGCUCUUCUGGCCCCUGUUCUGGGAUUACCCCGACCAGACAGAGAGUGACAGCGGGCCUAGUGGCAGGGCCAGUCUGGAGGAGCAGGAACAGCCCACAGACGACUACAACUAUGACCUUGAGGAUUCUGUGCUCAGUGGGACGGGGGGUAUUGGAACCGGGGUCAGGCCGGGGGCCGGGGUGGGAGAUGGAUGGGGCAACCGCUGGGCCAGCAACAAGGGAUGGGACUCCAAGGAAAACAACGAGUAUGAGGAGGAAGAGUGGAGUGAAUGGUCACCGUGUAGCGUCACCUGUGGCCACGGCAACCAGAAGCGUCACCGUUCCUGUGGUUAUGCGUGCACGGCCACCGAGUCCCGGACCUGCGAUAUUCACAGAUGCCCGGAUGACUUGCUAUCAGUGACUGACCUGAUGCCUCUGGAAACAAUGAAUGCCACCGACCCUCUUGCCACAAAUGUGGACAGCUGUGAGAAGUGGCUGAACUGUAAAAACGACUUUCUCCAGAAGUACCUCCACCAGGUACUGACCGAACUACCCAGCUGCCCCUGCACCUACCCAUCCGAAGCCGUCUACAGCGCUGUCAACAUCUUUGACAAGACGCUGCGCAAGACCUACCGCUGGCGUGAUGCCUCUGGCCCUAAGGAGCGGCUGGACAUCUACAAACCCUCCGCCCGCUUCUGCGCGCGCUCCAUGCUCUCCGUGGAAAGCACCACCCUGGCGGCGCAGCACUGCUGCUACGACGACCACAUGAAGCUGAUCACGCGGGGGAAAGGGGCGGGUGCGCCGAACCUGAUCAGCACAGAGUUCUCACCGGAGCUGCAUCACAAAGUGGACGUGCUACCCUGGAUCCUGUGCAACGGGGACUGGAGCCGCUUCCACUCAGUGAGGCCGCCCAACAACGGGCUGCAGUGUUCUGAAAACCCCCUGGAGGAGGUGUACCAGGUCGAGCUGGAGGAGGCCAGGGAGUACUGAGAGAGGGGACCCCGAGAAGGGGGAAGAGAGAGACACCUGGUUUCAAUCGCUCUACUGGAGUCUAGCAUGGGUUACCUACCAAAUAUGCUGUGUUAAAUAUCAGCGUCUUUGGAUUAAAGGACAUCUGGGUAGCCCCCCAUCAUUCAGUAUUGCAGGGAGUUAAGACUGACGUUUUACAUUUCUCCAAUCAGCCAACUCGACAGCCCCCUCCCCUCCAUCCAGAACGGAGUCAGGUUGAAUACUCUCGGGGUGCGUGGGAAAACUCUGUGAGCGUCACGACUAAAAGGCAUUUUGUUAUGACAUCACCACCAUCCAGCGUUUCCCCAUCGUAUGACACAUUGGGAUCGAACGGCCAAUUGGAAUAUACUUUUCUAUCGAUGAAUUACUGCGGCAUUACGGGAAGAGAAAAAAUAUUUGCUUGUAAUUUAUUGCUGUUCAAAGUCAAAAUAAUUUGGGGGGGUCGGGCUGCAACACAUUUCAAUCAUGCACCGCAAAACAGCAGACGAAAACACUGGGGAUGUUUGGAGAGGUGAAGACAUGGUGCAAUAGGUCUCUAUCUUACACACCCUCGACCCCUACCCAAGACCAAACCUCUGCCCCACCAUGUGACUCAAAGCUGCUUUUGACAAGAAGGAGGUGGAUACAGGGGACUCUGAGGCUUUCGUGGUUCUCAUGGAGUGUUCCAUAAGCCUGAGGGAGUAUGGAGGAACACGAAGAGAGUAUAUUCAUUGGACUCAUAUGGGGCCUGUAUUGUAUUUACUCAAAGACUCAGAUGUCUCAUGAAAGGAAUUCCUGUCAAGCUGCUAAAAUAGCGUAUGCAUUUGAAAGAGAAUGUUGGCUGUUGUUUGUCUUUGAAUCUCUCUGUCUCCCUGUCUUAUUUCUGUCUGUUUGUCUGUCUGUCUUUCUCUGUCUUCGGUCCUCUUUCUCUCUCUAACUCUCUCUCUCUCUCUCUCUCUGUCUGUCUCUCGGCCCACCUCCAGUUUGAACCAAAAACAGAUUCCUCAAACACAGCCCAAAAGAUACAUUGUGUUUGUUUUUUACUGCAAGUCAAACCAAAUCUUUUCUUCAAAGAUGUUGACCCCUAGAGCUCCAUGGUGUUCUUCAUCCUGUCACAUCUGCAGUGUCAGAGGACUCAUUCCCCAUAAUGCUCUGUAAGAUAAGUUACACUAGACUGUAAUUAGCUAAUCACUGGGGAAAGAAUACAAAUAGAUACAUAUUUUUCUCUUUCUCUCUCUCCGUGUCUCACUCUCUUUCUCUCUGCGACUGACAUAUUUGCUCGGUUACUUGUUAAGAAAUGCAGAACCAUUGUGUUGAUGUUUUAUUUUUCUUUCCUUUCAACAUAUCCUGGAGCCACGCUCCUCACAACCUGAGAACCUGCCCAACACUUUGGAAGAGGUGUAGGUAGCAAAGUAGGAGGAGGUGGCACUCUGAGAGAUGUUCUGAGAUGGACGCAGGCCUCGUGGGUGAGGGAGAGGGAGUCACUCUCCAGGGUUUGAGAUGGACUUGGGAGAGAAAGGAGAGGUGGGAGAGAUGAGCGGGUUGGGAGGAGUUGGGGAGAGGGGAUGUCUGGGUACAGUUGAUGGAUUUAGCUCCUUUCUCCUGAGAGGAGUGGGAGUUGACAGGAGGGGGAAGUGGGGAGACAUCUCUGUAAACAGGGAAAACCUUUGAAGAGUUCGUCCCCUUCUCGUCCCAGUCUCCCCUUGUUCUAACCUCCUUUCCCUGGUAUCUAUGGCCUGCUGCCCCCCCCCUUUCCCUCCACCCUUUCCAGGGGCCUAUUGCCUGUCUUGUGAGGAUGUUGUUUUAAGGUCUUUAAUCCUGACGCUGGUUGCCAGGCUGGGUGUCACUGAAAGAUGUUGAGGCCGAACGCGUCCGGAUGGCAUUCCUGAUACAGUGGUGUUGAGGGACGGGCCCCCUCGCCACAUCACAGUGUUAGCAACAGAAACAACACAGCCGGCUUUGGUGUGACCGCCACUCAGUUCCUCUGUUUCUCUGUCUAUCUCUCUUCACUUUUACCUUUUACUUAUUUACCUACUCACUUAUCCUCUCAUACAUCCUCUUUCUGUCAAUGCCAUUUGAGGGAGAAGAGCUUUGGAAACGUUUGCAGAGAUCCCAAUUCAUCGGGAUGCCAGUCACAAUAGGAACGCCAAAGCCUCUGCUAGUUGCACUAAAACACACCAACAGACAUGUCGCUCAUCUCUUCAGGCUUUUCAACUGUGAAAGGUAUUUCUCUGUGGAAAAGUCUGGUGGACGCAGUACCUGGCACAACCAUGUCUACGUUGCUACAUAUCACUAAAUAAACCCUAAGUACUUCAGUGAUUCUGGUGAGAAGUGUACUUUGGAAUAUGAACAGUCAAUGGCCCCCUAUUCCCAUUCUAGUGCACUACUUUUGACUAAAGUGCUGAUCAGGCAAGGCCCCGGUCAAGAGUACCGCACUACAAAGGGAAUAGGGUGGUAUUUGGGACGAAUACCCUCCUUAAUUGUUUCUGUUCCGAGCAUGUUUGGCGUUGUAACGGAUACCUCCAUACGUUACACUGUGUUGGUCUUCCAUCGGGUCCAGCUGUGAAAACCAACCGGAUCCUUCAGGCAUUAACGGCUCAGGCCCUCUCUGCUGCAUGGCUCUUCUGCCAGCCCGCCUGCCGCCGCCUCGGGUUUCGCCAUCGCAUUACGUUACAUCUAUGUCACACCUUAAUAGCGUCUUACUCUGACCAGUGGGAAUGGUCUCUGCCGUGCACGCACAUGUGUGUGUUUGCCAGAGGACACCCAGGUUCGGAAUGGUUGGGUUUCCUAUGCCACAUGGGAAAGGUGGAGAGGGGAUAUGUACUGCAGCUAGGUACAGUAGACAGCUAUAGAUAUGUGUUAUACGAGAGCUUUGAAGCGUAUGUUUGGGAGUGUGUUUGGCUGCAGAGAAAUGGGAAAGAAAGAGUGAAUAUGUCUUAUUUUUUCCUUAAAAAAGUCCUUUAAAAUAAGGGGAUUUGAUUGUGUGCUUUUCUAGAAACAUUUCAAAUCAAAUUGUCAAGUAAUGUAAUUUUCUAUUCAUUUGUAAAUGUAUUUAAAUGCAUCGUUUUGAGGACUGGAAAGACCUAUACAUUGUUUGGAUAAAUAUUGUAAACCAAUUUAACUUGGUAUGAGAAGAGAGAAUGAUUGAGGGAUGUCUGACUCUUGGAAUUGUUUCUAAGACUUUGGCAUGAUUCUGAAAGUAAUAUAUUUUUUAAAGCAAACCGAGGCCGUCUCCCUCCCUUUUUUCCUCUUUCAUGACAGUAUCUGUACAGUUUUAAACUGACCUUUUUUAUUAUAUGUACUGCAAAAGUCAGGUCUUCUAUGUUAAUA